AUGAGGAUGCCCAAUAACCACGAGCAGAUGCACGUGACCACGAGCACACCCAACCACGAGCAGAUGCACGUGACCACGGGCACCCCCAGGCCACUGGCAGAGGUGGCAGCCUUUGAGCGGGAGGUCAAGUGCAUAAGGGAGCGUGAUGCUGAGCAAAAUGUGUACCUGCCGGAGAGUCCAGUGUUUGUUGAAAAGGUGCUGAAGAGACUUUUUCCUCAUGAUCCACAUGACCAAGAAAAGACAGCAUCUCUGCCCACGACCUGCGAAACCCCUCCUGAGAGAGUGAAAUGCAGGCCCAUCCCCCCAUUGGCAGCAGGUGGUGGCACUGGGACCCCUCCUGGCCAGCGGCUCUACACCGUGGCUUUGCCUCCUGAGGGCUAUGUUCCUGCUCCGCCAGAGCUGCUCAGCCGCACGGAUUCCCAGAGCUCGGAUUCCCAGAGCUCGUGCAGCAGUGAUGAUGCGGAAGCAUCCAGAAGUUUCCUUGGUGCUUCAGUGAGGAUCUGUGCUUUGCCUGCGGAGGUUAGACAGAUUUCGGAAGUGGGAGUGUUGAGCACCACACACCUCAGCAGCAUGCUUCUGGAUUUAGGCUUGUUUACAGACUGUCCUCUGGAACGCCCAGCCGGCUCACCCUCCGUUUUCAUAGAUCAGGAUCCUCCUGCUCAGCGAAAGAGAAGAAGAAUCAGAAAGCAUAAAUCGAAGAAGAAACAUCAGCAUCCCAACAGUGUCCACGUAGAACAUGCAGAAUUAGAGCAACAGCAGAGUCUCUCGCAAGAACUGCAGCCACGGCACAGAGAUGGCCCCACAAUUAGCAAAAGUAAGAGAAGGAAACUGAGAAAGAAACAGCAAGUGGAACGGAAACGAGCAGCUGGCUCACUGCAGAGAGCCUCCGGUGUCAGCUUCCUGUACGAGCCCGGGGAGGGCAGCCUCGAGCCGGGGGCCAGCUGCGAGGGGGCCGGCGGGGGCAGCUCCGGGGCCGAGGGGCACGGUGAGGAAGGCUCCGAGGGGAAGGCAGAGGGCAUCCUCGAUUUUCUGAAGUCAACCCAGGAGAUGUAUUUCUAUGACGGUGUCUCCAAGGAUUCGGACCCAGCCUUCCUAGAAGCCACUGAGGAGCUGCUAAAGAGCCUGGCAGCAUGCAGCCUGCCCCCCUCAGACCUGCUGGCCCUGCACCACCUGAAGACACUGCUGCUCCUACAGGAUCCUGGCAAACUGCAGCGUGCCCUGCAGGUGUUCACAGAGCACUGCACCAUGCCGCCAGACCAUGCCAGAGUGGUCUCUGCUUUCUUUAAUUACUGGAUCACCCACGUCCUCCCUGAGAAAAACAGUCAGUAAAGUGAGAACAUGUACCUGAGAAGAGCUGACGCGACUGGAAAACAUAAGCGACAGAGAGGAAGGGGGCCGAGUUACCCCUCUUCACAAAGACAGUGACGUUCCCUCGGUUUUCUCAGUGACCCCCCUGGACCCCUGCGGACAGUCCUGCUGUGUCACCUUCUCUGUAUCCACGUGUCAGGAAGAUGUCGGCUGAGGCUCCGCGUGAGAAAUGGGGAUAAGACUGCAAGUCUCCAUUUAAAAAUUGCAUGUGUCUUGAAUUUACUGCCCAGUGGUUCUGUUUUUUAAUUCCUGUAAAAAUUUAAAAGCACUCACUCUGUUGAGUGAACUGUAUAGUUUGAAGACGUUGUGUAUUUUUAUAAAGUUUUAAACCGCCCUGUAUCUGAA